AUGCAACUAUUACCAUUCAGUUUCUUCCUUUUGUUUGCUCUGAGCUUAAGAGAGUGCGUGGAGACAGCCGCAAGCCAGGAUUCGGAUGGCUUUACCACGCCCAGUCCUGCUUGGAUUGAGUACCAGCGCAUUCGCUUCAGUCAAGGUCCAGGAGACCCGAAUAUUUUAACCAGCGCCCAGAUUUUAGGGAGCUCUACCAAAGCACCUGUUCAUAAUGUGGUCGUGGUCACUCCCAAUGUGGAGACUACAUCGCGGAGGCACUCGUCGCUUUCGACAGAGAGCCAUGAGGAGGAGGACUCUACAGAACCACCGGUAGACAACGGAGAUGGAGAAAAUGGUGGCGAAAUCGAGAUGCCCAGCAUGCACGGCUUCCUCAAGUUUCUGAAAACCAUGCAGAACAGCUGGAUCAAGAAGUCGGCCCUCAGCAUUGAAAAGAAGAUCAAACUCCUCCAGAAUCUCCGUGACAAUCUAAUGCGGAUGAUUGAGCAACAUUUCGCGGUUCUGUGGCAGCCACCGGAGCGGAAGAGACGCAGGCGUCGCGGCCUGAUGGACGAAGCCGCAAUAGAUUUCCCACCCGAAGCAGCCAUCAUGAGCAUUAAUUUCCUUACAUUCGCUGUUUUUCUCAUCAAGCUGGUGAUGAAAUCCGCCGAGGAGUCAACGGGCCGGAAUGACUCCAGCAGUUCUCUGAACAUACCCGGACGACACCAGCGCACCCACUCGUCGGGCAGCCGGAACGGCCUGACUGCGCUCCGCAUUCCGCACACGUUCCAGGUCCACACAUACGGGAUGCCGCCGGUGUGCCAGCUGUGCAAGGAGCUGCUGAAGGGGCUCUUCAAGAAGUGCAUGGACAAGGUGCCGCUGGACUGCACGGGAGAGGCGCAGCUCAGUCAGCUGCAGAUGCAGGCGGAGAUCGGCGACGGGACGCCGUGCAAGGAGCGGGACAACUUCUUCCGCGAGGAGUUCGAUGACAGCGACUUAGAGGACUCACCCAGUCCGCAGCCGGACUACGGAAAGUACGGCAAGGGGGCGAUGGGAGGCGGCGUUAAUCUGGUUGCAGGGAGACCCAGGGAGCCGCCCAAAGCACUUACCAACGCCCACAACUCCCCCCCGGAGCUGGUCAACGGAGGGAUGGGCGACGAUGGCAGUGGCAGCGGCAGCGUGGGCGGGGAGACGAAGUCCAGCGACGGCCAGUCGGAGCAGUCUCAGUCGUCGUCCUCCUCCUCGCCCAGCGCCAACAUCCCGCUGAUGCGCAUCGUGCAGUCCGUGAAGCCCUCGAAGAAGCGCGGCGGCCAGGCCCUGAAGGAGGGGUGGCUGGUCCACUUCACCUCCCUGGACAAGGCCGUCAAGCGCUACUACUGGCGCCUCGACUCCAAGACCGUCACGCUGUUCGUCUCGGAGCAGGGCAGCAAGUACCACAAGGAGCUGCCGCUGGCGGAGCUCCUCUCCAUCGAGGCGCACCGCGAUCCGCGUCCCGACUCCAACUAUUGCUUCGAGCUGUGCAUGCCCAGCCUCAGCUACUACGUCGGCCAGGAUCCCCUCGUGGGCGCGAAGGAGGAGCAGGCGGUGCGGCUGCCGCCCCCGGACAGCGGCAUCGGCAGCGAUAUCGCCAAGAGCUGGGAGACAAGCAUCCGGCAGGCCUUUAUGCAUGUGAACAACACACAAUGCUGUGAAUCGGAGGAACAGGUCCAGGACAUGGGCCAGCUCUAUCAGAUGUUUCCCGAUGAGGUGCUCGGCUCCGGACAGUUUGGCGUCGUCUACGGCGGCGUGCACAGGAAGACGAAGCGCGAGGUGGCCAUCAAGGUGAUCGACAAGCUGCGCUUCUCCACCACGCAGGAGGCGCAGCUGAAGAACGAGGUGGCCAUCCUUCAGAACAUCUGCCACUGCGGCGUCGUCAACCUGGAGCGGAUGUUCGAGACCCCCGAGCGCAUCUUCGUCGUGAUGGAGAAGCUGAAGGGCGACAUGCUCGAGAUGAUUCUGUCGCACACGAGGGGUCGGCUAAGCGAGCGCGUCACCAAGUUUCUCAUCACCCAGAUCCUGAUUGCCCUCAAGUACCUGCACUCGCAGAACAUCGUCCACUGCGACCUGAAGCCGGAGAACGUGCUGCUCUCCUCGGACGCAGAAUUCUCGCAGGUGAAGCUAUGCGACUUUGGCUAUGCCCGCAUCAUUGGCGAGAAGUCCUUCCGCCACUCGGUGGUGGGCACGCCCGCCUAUCUCGCACCCGAAGUGCUCCGGAACAAGGGCUACAAUCGGUCGCUGGACAUGUGGAGCGUGGGCGUGAUCAUCUAUGUGAGCCUGAGCGGCACAUUUCCCUUCAACGAGGAGGAGGACAUCAACGAUCAGAUACAGAAUGCCGCCUUCAUGUAUGCCCCCAAGCCGUGGAAAGAGAUCUCCUCCAAUGCCAUUGAUCUGAUCAACAACCUGCUGCAGGUGAAGCAGCGAAAGCGCUACACAGUGGACCAGAGCCUGUUGCACUACUGGCUGCAGGACAAGCAAACCUACCGAGACCUGCGCACCCUGGAGACCCAGGUGGGCGGCGGACGCUAUCUCACACACGAGACGGACGACAUACGCUGGGAUUGUGCGGGGGACAUGUGACCUGUGACCUUCGACAAUGACCUGAGUGGAUCAGUGGGCACCACCCCCACACCUACAACCACGCCCACUCCCAUCUUGACCAACAGCACCACGGAGAGUUAUCCAUCCGCAGGCAACUGCGCCGACUGCCAUCGUCUGUCCGAGAAUUCCCCAAAGGUGGAGGCCAUCAGCGGCAAGGCGCUAAAGUGGGUCCGUUUCCAUCUCUGUCGCCACAUCAAAUAGUCCCGGAGCAGAGCCAAGCAGCUGUUCCAGUCAGCUGCUGUAACGUCCACUUGAAGAAAACUAUACCCUAGUAUAUCUCUGAAUCCAAUUUAAGUACAGCUUUUAAAAUUGGGUAGACCAUGGGUGUAAUUUCUUUGAGUGUACAUUUAUUCGUCCCGCACUCUCGAUGUUUCUCCUAGACUUGUAAGUUUUCCCUCUCGCUGCUGCUUCUCUCCGUAACGAUAACGAUAACGAUAACGAUAACGAUAACUUUGAUAAAUGCUAAACAAGAAAACUCUGUGUGAUACAUUUUUCUCUAGAAUCAAAAUUAGUCGAUAGCUUUAAUUUGUUAACCACCUAAUGGCAACUCUUAUGAAUAACACUUACGUACAUCAAAUAUACAUGCAAAAUACAUACGUGUAUUCAUCAAUAAAACAAAAAAACCACAAGCUCAGAUCUUAUGCAGUACCAAUUGCCACAAGAGCGAAAAUAAACUACUGAUGAAUAAACAACAAA